AUGGCCACAGCAGCUUUCCUGGACUCAGCACCAGCUCAACUCCGUUUCCCUCCAGGCUCAGCUGCUCUGCCRCGGGUCAGCGCCGUCACCAUGCAUGUCACCAGGCCCAAAUCUGCCAAGGGACGGAGACCAAGCUUGAGCCACCCUCAGGGCAUGGGAGCCUGUCCRUGCCAUGUGCCAUCUUCCCCACUGGCAGCCUCUCCUCGGCAAUUAGUGAGCAGCCGGAGAACACCGCUCAGCAAACCAGCAUUCCUACCUGCCCAGGUGUCAGCUGAGAAAAUCCCAAAGCUCCUGCAGCAAGUGCCUCUGAAGAGGUCCUGUUCCCUGAACAAGUACCGUGUGCUCCCCUCCAUCGUCAGGAAGAGCACAAGGAGYGAUGCUGUGGAAGCGUUGGCUGAACAGACCAACCGGCUGGAAGUGAGUGAGGGGCAGGAGGAAGCUCCAAAAGCCAUCAAGACUCUUUCUGGAGAACAAGGAUCUGCCAGCACAUUGUCAGGAAGUGACAUUCCCACUGAAGAGAGCUCACACGUGCACCGUGCCCCUGAGCAGCAGGGAAGGCAAGCAAGGCAGCAGAGCCCUCGGAUGUGCCCUGUAAGCCGGGAAGAGCCGCACAUGCUGCUCGCGGUCCGAUCACCCUCUGGGCAGAGGUUUGARCACCACUUCAAGCCCUCUGACAGUCUCCAGAUGGUCCUUGCCGUGGCAGGACAGAAAUUGUUGGCCAACUACCAACACUGCAGUGUUGAAACMAUGGAGGUGCCCCGGAGGAGCUUCUGUGACCUUACAAAAUCCCUUCAGGAAUGUGGGAUCCUCCCCAAGUCGGUGCUGUGCAUCCGACAGGACAAGAAGCGYGAUGCAGCAGAUCUUUAGGCAUACAGAGAUAGCGUGGGUCCUUCUGCUCAGUGGGAUGCAUUGCUUCUUCCAAAAAACUGAGAAUCUGAUGCUUCCUGUGCCUUCUUCUUUAUCUUCURUCUCCCACAAGUUCCCCGUGAAGCAGAGUUAUGGAUCUGUCUCGAAAUAGUAUUUUAGAUGUGUAAACCUGAUUCAUACGGAGCAGCUUGUGUCACCUGUGCCAUCACAAAUUUCUGCUUGAGUGCCACCAACCUUCAGCCUUUUUGGUUUGUUGAAGUUGCUGAUGUUCUUUGAAAACUGAAGUUUCCARGACCUCUCCCCUUGUCCUUUUCUCUAUUUUGGGAAGGUACCACAUCUCUGAAUGCWGAGGCACCAUUUGGGAAGGUAAAACCAGAACUGGUUUAGCCACAGGACCACCUUCAGUAGUUUAUCAUUAUCCUAAACACCUUCUCAAGAGACUAAAAAGGAGAUCAAACCCCAAAACCACUGGAAAUGACAGUAACAACACACAAAUGGCUUAUUGUGAAGUAUUGAAUUACAAAACUGAUCAUAAAACGCUAUUUUUAUGAGAGCUCAGGUAUUUCUGGGUAACCUCACUCCAGCUCUUAAGUGUGACUAACUCAUCUUUUUAAGAAUAAAUGAUGAUUAUUUUGACUGAGCAGCAGGAUUUUCUCUUUAGUUUUCCUUCUCUCAUUCAGCUCAUGUGGUCCAUAGGURAGGAGAGU